AUGUCGGAGAGGACGCACAUCAAAUCGGAAAGAUUUUCUCCAUCUGGCUCCUGGACGUUUGAAAUAGUCAGUCUCUGCGUCGCUAUUCUUGCUGCGGCCGCAAUCGUUGGUGUUCUUGCGGCAUACGAUGGCAAGCCGCUGGCAUCAUGGCGUUUCCAGAUCACCAUCAAUGCCGUCAUCGCCUUGCUGGCCACCGUGGCCACCGCCACGAUGGCCGUUGUGCUUUCCAGCGGGAUUAGCCAGUUGAAAUGGAUUCAUUUCAAAAUGCGCCGCGAACCUCUGUCCGACAUGGAAGUGUUCGACGAUGCCAGCCGAGGCACAUGGGGAGCCCUGAUGAUGCUCGUCAAGCUUAGGGGAGGAUUCUUAGGCUCUUUUGGGGCUUUCGUUGCUAUCUCGACGCUGGCUUUCAGCCCUUUCGCACAACAAAUUGCAACAUUUCAUGCUCGGACAACCAACUCCACCGCGGGAGCAACAAACCUCCGAGCCCAGGAAUACUUGAUCGCCCUGAGUAGCCAAAGCGCGUCGGAAGGGUUCAUCCCGAUUCUUCCAUUCAAAGCUGCUGUCUACAAUGGCCUGUUUGCCGAGAACGGCAAGCCAUGGCUGAGCCUGCCUGUCAACUGCCAGACCGGAAACUGCACGUGGGAACCUUUCGAGACUCUUGGCGUCUGCAAUACCUGCGUGGACCUGUCCGAGUUCAUGAUUCGCGCCUGUGAAGAUGGCUCAAACCCCGAAGGCGACAUGACGGAGUGCGGCUGGUCUAUCCCUGUCGGCGCCAAGCUCAAGACGCAUGCCGACGUCUUCAGCAUGACCCCGAUCUUCCCACAGGGUCUCGGCGACAUGUCCUAUUCAACCAUUAUGAAGCUUGUGUUCAUGGGGACCGAGAAUCAAGGCGGGAUCGCAGGCGAACUCGCUCCGUGGGCUCGUCAGUGCACCCUCCAAGCCUGCGUCCAGACUCUGAGCUCCUCGGUUGUCAACGGCGAACUGAGGGAAAAGAUACUUCAUGUCGAAACAAAUGACACUGUAGCCACGGCAACCCAGGAGUCCCUCGAACCAAUCUACAUCUCUGGAGAAGAAACGAAAAUGUCGUACCCGAUCAACAUGAAGGUCAUGAUGGGCAUGCGGUCGUGGUUUUCAGACCUGUUCCGCAACGGAUCGGCUUCUCGGAACCAGGAGGUAAUCAACAAGAACAUCACCACGCCAGACAACGUCAUUGUCAACCUCACUGUCGGCAUCUCAAGUGGUGAAACCUUCUUUGAUACCGACAUUGUCCAGGCUUUCUACUGGAACUACUACGAGUAUCCCGCCGGCAUAGACAUGCUCAUGAACGACCUUGCAACUAGCGUAACGGUGAGCUUCCGAAGCUUCAAUGGAACCAACGUCACUGGGGUGGCGCAUACUGUUGAAAGCUACAUUCAUGUGGAAUGGAGUUUCCUGGCACUCCCUCUUUUCACCGUUCUGCUCACAGUCCUCUUCUUGUGUGCUUCAAUCUACCAGACUUACCGACAUAAGGCAAGCUUGUGGAAGAGCAGCGUGCUGGCAACUUUGGUGCAUGGGCUGGACAGAAGCGCAAGAGAGAGGUUGGAAGAUCUGGGUGGCUUGAGGGAGCAGCAGAAAGAGGCCAAGACAGUCAAGGUACAAUUGGAUGAGGAUGAGGGAGGGCUCUUGAGGCUGUCCAAAUACGAUGAUAUCUAG